UCCGACGCGUCCAAGUUCGCGCUGGGGCCUCGAGACGGCCGGGACGUACGAGUCGUCCGUCCUCGGCGCGUCCGUGUCUACGCAGCCGGGGCCCUUCGCGGAGGGCGUCGACACGACGUUCGAGACGUCGUACCUGCGGCCGACGGAGCUGUCCGAGACGGUCUCGUGGGCCUCCAGCCCGCUGGUGUUCGGGUCCAGGGCGCGGGCAGCGGAGAGGCGCUCGCCAUCGCCAUCGCCGCCGGUCUCCAUGGCACAUGGCACACCCUCGCUGGGUGCUGUCCCACCGGGCUCCCCGCCGUCGUCCGUGUCUGCCCCCUCCAGCGUGUCGACCCCCGUUCUACACCGACGGAGGGAAGAAGCCCGGUCGCCCCAGCGACGCGCACGCCGUCUACGGUGACGACGGUCUCCUCCAUCCUAUACACUCCCCGCGCGCUCAGCCCCCCACCAGCCCCGCUCUCUCCCGCGCUGUCUGUUGGAGCGUCGACGGAGCCAUCCCUCUCGUCAUUGUCGACGGAUGCCAGCGGUCCUCCCCCAGAUGUCCCCGUACGUCUCGUCGUCCGCGUCUCGACUCUCCGUCACGCGCGCAUACAUGCAUGCUGAGGCGUCCGUCACUGGCAGGCCUCACCACCGCCGACGCUCCUCCUGAGCCGCGGGCCUCCCCAGCGCGGAGGGCCACCCCUCCGGCCCCCACGGCCCCACCCGCCUUGCACAGAACAAGCGAACGAUCCCCGGUUACUCUGCCGACGCCUCCCACUCCGUCCGUGAUCCUCAGCGUAACCACACCGCGCGGCGACGCACCGUCCAUCACCUCUCUCCUCGAUAUUCUACCCGCGGAAGCCCCGGAUAGGCUCCCCAGGCGCGAGUUCGACCGCGUAUGGGCGCGGAUCCUAGAGAUGGAGGCGCGCAGGCGGCGGAGAGCAUAGAGCUGACACGGAGCCUCCGGGGGCUCCGGGAGGUGGCGGAGGGACUGAUGGAUCGGCAGCGCCGGCGUCGCGACGUUCUUGUUGGGGGUGGGCGGCGCGGUGUCCCCAGGACGAGCAG